AUGGCAAGUGGUUUUGGGGAAUCAACAAGCGUGCCACCCCAAAGCCCGUCUUGCUCGGGCAAUAAUGCCAAUGAAGUGGGCGAUUUUGAAUGCAAUAUCUGCUUUGACUUAGCCCAAGACCCAAUCAUAACCCUUUGUGGUCACCUCUUCUGCUGGCCUUGCCUGUACAGAUGGCUCCACCAUCACUCGCAUUCCCAAGAAUGCCCGGUUUGCAAGGCCCUCGUACAAGAAGAGAAGUUGGUUCCUCUUUAUGGUAGGGGCAAGACGCAAACUGAUCCAAGAUCAAAGUCAUAUCCAGGCAUCAAUAUUCCGAAUCGCCCAGCUGGGCAGAGGCCUCAAACUGCCCCUCCGCCGGAGACCAAUCAGUUUACCAAUUAUGGCUUUGGAUUCAUGGGGGGAUUUGUACCAAUGGCAACUGCGAGGAUUGGUAACUUCACAUUGGCCACUGCAUUUGGUGGUCUGAUACCGUCAUUGCUUAACAUUCAUUAUCAUGGGUUCCCGGAUGCUACUGUGUAUGGAACAACUUCUGGUUUCCCUUAUGGGUUCAGUUCAUUUCACGGGGGCCAUGCUCACGGAUUCCCUCAGCCGGCAAGUCAAAGGCAGCAGGUUGACAAUGUUUUGAAGAAUCUUUUUUUGUUAAUUGGUGUCUUUGUGAUCCUUGCGCUGAUUUGUUGGUAA